CCUUAUCUUCACCACACACAACACAACAAAACAAUACAACCUCCCAAUUGGAUUUCCGCCACUCCAAAUCCAUUCCACCUAACACACUACCUUCAACAUGGCUGGGAUUAUCGGAACUUCCUCCACUGCACCAAUCUUUGCCUCCAGGCCCCUUUCUUCUCACUCGUCACCAACUCCCUCUUUCUCCCUCCACCCCUCUUCUGGGCUAAGUUCAGGGAGGAAAUUCUAUGGAGGAGUCGCACUCCCCUUGAAGAAAGGGCGCUCUCAUUUACAUCUCUCUAUUUCCAAUGUUGCCACUUCUCCCGCUCAAGAAGAGGUUCAGAAGCUAACUUCUUCGAAGGAGAACCAGAGGCCAGUUUAUCCAUUUGCAGCUAUAGUUGGGCAGGAUGAGAUGAAACUGUGCCUCUUGUUGAAUGUGAUUGAUCCCAAGAUAGGAGGGGUGAUGAUCAUGGGUGAUAGGGGGACUGGGAAGUCUACCACUGUUAGAUCUUUAGUCGAUUUACUCCCCGAAAUCAGAGUAGUCUAUGGGGAUCCAUUUAACUCGGAUCCAGAGGAUGCUGAAGUGCAGGGGCCGGAAGUACGUGACAAAGUCAUGAAAGGUGAACAGCUCCCUGUUGUUUCCACCAAAAUCAAUAUGGUUGAUCUACCUUUGGGUGCCACAGAAGAUAGAGUUUGUGGUACAAUCGACAUUGAGAAAGCUCUUACCGAAGGUGUGAAGGCGUUCGAGCCUGGCCUCCUGGCAAAAGCCAACAGAGGGAUUCUGUAUGUGGAUGAGGUUAAUCUUUUGGAUGAUCAUUUAGUGGAUGUUCUACUGGACUCUGCUGCCUCGGGUUGGAACACUGUCGAGAGAGAAGGAAUCUCAAUUUCGCACCCAGCCAGGUUCAUACUCAUUGGAUCUGGAAAUCCGGAAGAGGGAGAACUGAGGCCGCAGCUUCUUGACCGUUUUGGGAUGCAUGCCCAAGUUGGAACAGUGAGGGAUGCGGAGCUCAGGGUCAAGAUAGUCGAGGAGAGAGCACGAUUUGACAAGAAUCCUAAAGAAUUCCGGGAGUCCUACAUCGCAGAGCAAGAGAAACUCCAGCAGCAAAUUGACUCAGCCAGGAGUGCCCUUUCCUCCGUUACAAUAGAUCAUGAUCUUCGAGUAAAAAUCUCCAAGGUCUGCGCUGAGCUCCAUGUGGAUGGAUUGAGAGGUGAUAUAGUUUCGAAUAGGGCAGCAAAAGCAUUGGCUGCUCUCAAAGGAAGAGAUAAAGUUACAGCAGAGGAUAUUGCCACUGUCAUUCCCAACUGCUUAAGACACCGACUUAGAAAGGAUCCUCUAGAGUCAAUCGACUCAGGCGUACUCGUGAUUGAGAAAUUCUACGAAGUUUUUGGCUGAUGGAGGUAAAUUUUCUUCUGAUUUUUCAGUGCAAGGUUUAUCUUUGGUAUGAAGGUUUGUGUACUUGGCUAUUCAAUUUUGGAGCUGCAAAACAAACAGAUAAAGCUCUAAGCAUUUUGUAUUGUAUUUCUGAAACUUUGAGUUGAUGUUGAUAGACAAGUAUAAUCCAAGAAUAUAUUUGGUAGAAUGAAGUUAAUAGGUUAGAAUUUGUUCAAA